AUGAAGAUCUGCUCUCUUCAUCUCCUUGGGCUUCUUGCCAUGGUGCUCGUGUCGGUGUGCGCUGACGGGCAAGGUCCCAACAGCAAGCUUCGGAUGGAGAAGAUGGAAGCUCGGAUGGCGCGCAUGGAGGAGAUGCAGAAGCAUCUUCUAACGACUCUUACUCAGAACGAAGAGCUGACAAACCGAGUGACAGCGCUCGAGCAGCAGAUAGCAGCGUGGAACAUAGGUGGCAUUGUCAAGAACAUCACUGCGAUUGAAAGUAUCAUCAAGAGGCCUACGAACGACGGAGAUAUCUCAUGGAAGCUCAUCAGUUCGGGUCUUGUGCUGAUGAUGACCAUCCCUGGCGUUGCUCUCUUCUACGGAGGGCUCGUUCGUGUACAGAACGUGCUGUCGACAGUUAUGCAGAGCUUCUCCAUCGCGUGCCUCGUCACCAUCCUGUGGGCGGCGUUUGGAUACAGCUUGUGCUUCGACACAGGAUCGCCAGUCUUCGGAGGAGCAAAAAAGUUCUGGUUGCAGAACGUGUACGGAAAUCACCGUCAUCCGCUAUCGCCAACAGUUCCAGAGCCGUUGUUCUGCAUGUUCGAGCUAACCUUUGCCAUCAUCACCCCCGCGCUCAUCAGCGGCUCUUUUGCUGACAGGAUGCGGUUUGGUCCUACCCUGGUCUUCAUUGCCUUCUGGCACAUCCUUGUAUACUGCCCGAUCGCCCACUCCAUGUGGAUGACCGACGGGUUCUUGCACGAGGCCGGUAUCCUGGACUUUGCUGGAGGCAACGUAGUGCACAUAUCAGCCGGCUGCUCUGGCCUCAUGUCGUCAAUCGUUGUGGGGAAGCGAACGGGAUACGGCAGGGAGCAGUUCCAGCCCCACAACAUCCUCAUCUCGGUCCUCGGAGCAUCUCUGAUGUGGGUUGGCUGGUUCGGAUUCAACGGGGGUUCAGCAGAGUAUGCCAACGGGCAAGCGACCAUGGCCGUCCUGAACUCACAGGCAAGGGAGGAUUGCAGCGGCUACGGGCUCUCUGUCGUGGAUGUUGACGGAGUGGAAGAUAAGGAAGCGACCGAGGCUGAGCACCCUCCAGCGUCCUUGGGAUCAUUAGUGGAGCGAUCUCUGGGCUGGUCGCCAUCACCCCAGGAGCAGGGCAUCGCUCGAUCUCUCGCGCUCUGUGCAAUCCUGACGCUUCCUCUCCAGCUCAAAAGUCGCUUCGGGUACGACGACGCUCUGGACGCCUUCGGCAUCCACGGCCCGGGAGGUUUCUUGGGAGGCAUCCUGACAGGCUUCUUUGCCAACGCGAAUGUCCAAAUUCUCUCCCCUGUCAAUGGCGCUUUCUAUGGCAACCCCAAGCAGCUCUAUGGUAUCGCCAUAGCGGCAGUUUGGUCCUGCGCUAUCUCCUUUCUCCUCCUCAAGCUGGUGGACUACACCAUCGGGCUGCGUGUAGCCAUUGACGAGGAGCUGCUGGGGCUGGACAUGGUCUGCCACGGAGAAUCUAUGUUCCCUCAGAGAUCUGCUGUACCUAGCGACUGGCCCAAGAGCGAGUACAGCGGCAGCCUGAGGGCAGAAAACUUUAACGAAACGAUCCGAGGGCAGCAGGACUGGCACGACGCGACCUUCCAUGGGGAGGGCGAGGAGCAGGAGGCUGAGCUCACCGGUAGUCUAGCCAACGCGCCGGGCUGA